AUGAAAUCUGUGACGGACAUGAAAAUAAAAGAUAUGAAAGGUAUAAUGAUAGAUAAAACACCAAUAAAAGCUAAAAAUGGUCAAUUGAUAGCUGAUAUGGAAAGUUCUAUACCAAGAGAGAACCUAUCACCAAAAAUAAGUCAGCCCAAAGAUACUCGAUCUCCUAUACUUUCAGGUUCAAAUUGCAUUGUUCCUGCGAGUACGACAAAGGAGAAUGAUGUUAGACAGUCACACGAUUGUAAGUUGAAGAUUGAUGGUUCAUCAUCACAUGAACCUAAAGAUGUAACUCAGACAAAAGUGUAUGGUAAUAUUCAGAAUAAUGCAAUGUCCACGGGUAAUUGUCCCUUUACCAAGAAGUUAAGUGGAGAUUCUGUAGAAAAAACAGCAAAUCAGAAUACAGCCGCAAACGCUAUCUACAGAAUGCAGCUCCUUCAUGUCAUGGGAUGGUGUUAA